AUGGCGGAUCCUGACAGCCUGGCAGAAGGCUUCACGGAAGGCUUCGCCUCACAGCUCUCGACCAGUUUGUUCCACGACUUUGUGCUCAAGUGUGAAGAUGGCCACGAGUUGAAAGUUCACCGAAUGAUUCUUCAGCCAAAUGAGGCUGCCGUCAAGCCUAUCUUCCGUGAAGGAGUCAAUCAGUCUCUCGAACUCCCCGAAGACGAUCCAGCACUCAUUGCCCGCAUGCUCACGUACAUGGACACCGGAGACUAUUCAACAAAAAGCUUGACGAUUUCUAUGACUGGCGAUAAGCUGGCUCAAUUCCAUGGUGUCUCUGAUAACUUCCACUGCACCAACAAAGGCUGGCCAGACCGUUGUUUGCCGCAUCAUUACAUGAUGAUUGUGGCCGGAUAA